AUGACGCCAAUAUCCACCGCCCGCCCACUCAUCAUCGGCUCCUGUGCGGGGCUCGAAGCACCGUACCCCCUGCAGAUGGAAGGCAAAGUAAUCAGAGGCUUCGGGCGUGGCUCCGAAGAACUAGGCAUCCCCACUGCCAACCUCCCCGUCGACAACAGCCGGACAUCAUGGAGCGCUGAUAUCGAGUCCGGGGUGUACUCUGGCUGGGCCUCCCUACGCCUACCACCUUCACAUCCGAACCAACCAACGACAUCAAUCGGGUACGGCAGGUUUUUCAAGACCACGGCGCGGUCGGCUGAGGUGCACAUGCUCUACGAGUUCGAGGCUGACUUCUACGGCGCCGAGAUGCGCCUGUUGGUCGCGGGGUUCAUCAGGGAGGAGAAAGACUACGACGAUCUGCAAUUUGGGGCCGAUCGAGGACAUCCGCCUGGACUGCGAUGUAGCGCGCAAGAGCUUGGGAUCGCGAGGCAUGGGCAUCGCAGGAGACGGGCAGGGGCACGUUGGACGGGAGUCGGUUGGUGCGAGAAACGGCAGAGCAGAAUAGGGCUAUGCUAUGACGACGUGGGAACCAGGUGGAUCUCGGGUGCGAAACUGGCGCGCAAGUAG